AGUCUGUUUUUAGCGUCUGAAUUGUGCGGACGUGUUUUUGUUUGGUGAAAAAAAAGAGCUGUAAUAAAAAUGAAGUUUUCCCUGGCUUUGUGCCUGCUAGCCAUUACAACCGGCAUUGUGGUUGCUGAUGAGAGCAAAGGACCCAAAGUGACCGACAAGGUUUUCUUUGACAUCACCAUUGGCGGAGAACCGGCGGGUCGCAUUGAGAUCGGUUUGUUUGGAAAAACAGUGGAGAAGACUGUAAAGAAUUUCAAGGAGCUGGCUGAAAAGCCACAAGGAGAGGGCUACAAAGGCAGCAAGUUCCAUCGCAUCAUCAAGGACUUUAUGAUCCAGGGUGGCGAUUUCACCAAGGGCGACGGCACUGGCGGCCGUUCCAUCUAUGGCGAACGUUUCGAGGAUGAGAACUUCAAGCUGAAGCAUUAUGGCGCUGGCUGGUUGAGCAUGGCCAAUGCUGGCAAGGACACCAAUGGUUCCCAGUUCUUCAUUACCACUAAGCAGACCAGCUGGCUGGAUGGUCGUCAUGUUGUCUUUGGCAAGAUUCUGUCCGGCAUGGAUGUCGUGCGCAAGAUCGAAUCAAGCGCCACAGACGCACGUGACCGCCCCGUUAAGGAUGUGGUCAUCGCUAACAGCGGCAGCAUUGCAGUGGCUGAGCCUUUCGCCGUUUCCAAGACUGAUGCCACAGAAUAAGCAAAAUAUAUACAUACAUAUGCCACACUCAUAUAUAAAUGUUUGUGGUUUUUAAACAAAAUGUCUUCUAAUUUCAAUAAUAUUGUCUUUGAACGUUCUGUAGACAGUCGUACAGCAGCAAUCGAUUUUUCUCAGCGUUUGAGUUGAGAAUUUGCAUUUAAAUUAAUAAUUAAUAAUAGCAACAAAAUUCUAUACUGUAAGC